AGAUGGUUCUUAGGAGACCGGCUUUGGAUUUCAAUAGGCCACUAUUGUGUGCAGGGCCUCGCCAUUGCUUAACUUUGUGCGAGUUAAGCUUUGAUCGUGUUCUCGGAUCGUCGUCAGCUCGCGCCGUGGUGGAGAGGUUUUCUCUACCCAAGCUUUGUUUUCAGCAAUUCUGGUGAGUCCGUGAGGUGGAUAUUAGGUGUUUUUUGUGAGGUAGCGAGUAAUUGAUUGUUGAGCUUGGAUAUUGCGAAGGAGAGGAAGGAGAAGAAUCGAGAGAGUAGCGAUGUUGAUCAGAUUGAGGAGUCGGGAUGGGUUGGAGCGGGUAACGUUAGCGAACAACGCGACGGUGGGGGAUCUACAGGCGGCGAUAGCGGAGAAUCUGAAUGUGCCCGUGAGCAGCCAGCUGCUGUCAAGGAACCAGGCUCUGUUGCUGAGCAAGGAUCCCGUGAAUGGGAAGGAGUUUGCGGACAUGCAGGACUCGGGAGCGACGUUGUCGUCGUUGGGAAUUGCGCAUGGGAGUUUGUUGUACUUGUUUUACAGUGGGAAUAGAGUGGUGAAGGGACCUCAAGUGACGCCGUUUGGGGCGUUUGGGAGGAAGAUGACCGUGGAGGAUUUGAUUGCCCGGCAGAUUCGGAUAGAAAGGCAGGAGAAGUCGCACUGCAGUGCGUUGUCGUUCGAUCGGGAAGCUGCGAAUGCGUUUCAGCUGUAUGUGCAUGAGAGCCUCGCGUUUUCAAUUAAGAGAGGGGGGAUCAUGUAUGGUUCUGUAAAUGAGGCAGGCGAGAUUAAGGUAGACGUUAUUUAUGAGCCACCACAGCAAGGGUCUGAGGAAGGCUUGCUCCUUAUGAGAGAUAUGGAUGAGGAGAAACGAGCUGACGUGAUCGCUGCAGGAUUAGGGUUACGGAAAGUAGGGUUCAUUUUCACGCAGACAAUAACCCAGAAUCAGGGGGGGUACACAUUAUCAAACGCAGAAAUACGGCAGACAGCUGAAUUUCAUGCCGAGUCGGACUUUGAGCAAUGGGCCACAGCAAUAGUGAAGCUUGAAGUCAACGAAGAUGGUGGUGCAGAUGUUCAUUUUGAGGCAUUUCAAUUAAGUGAUCAGUGCGUGAAGCUAUUCAAGGACGGUUUGUUUGAGGAGAAUGUGCCAGAUCUGGACCCGAAGUUAACGAGAAUGAAGAAAGAAGUUAUAGUCCUUCAGAAAGACACUUUCGAUGUUGACAACGACUUUUUCUUAGUUCCUGUGAAGAUUCUUGAUCAUGAGGGCCCGAUGACAACAACAUUCCCCAUUGAGAAUAGAGCACCUCUCGCUACCCUUCAGGCUUUGAAGACUCAUUUGGAGCGUCACAGGAAUAAGCCCUAUGUGAAGCGGAUCGCUGACUUUCAUCUUCUUCUGUUGUUGUCGAACUUCCUUGACAUCAACACAGAUGUUCCACAGCUGACGGAGGCUAUUCGUACAGAAGGCCCUGUACCAGAAGGGUACCAACUCAUUAUCGAGUCCAUGGCGAGUAGUUUUUAGGCAUCCUUACAAGAAGAUAAAAGAAAGUAAUCUGAGCAGGUUUAUUUUCUGGUAAAAUUUCUGUAUAUUCUCGAAUUCGGGAGGUGAAAUUGGUCGAACAAUUUGUAACCAUAUUCUUGUACCCUUUUCACUUGAAUGUGUAUGUCUUCGAUGAAGCCAUAUUUCUGCUUCUAGAUUUCCUUAAA